UCGGAAAAUAUACUUUUUGGUCUGACCUAAAAUUCAGAUAGAAUGCCCGGCAAUGAAGAUGUGAAGGGAAACGGAGGGACCGAUCGCUCAACAGCGAUACCGAUACGGUAUUUCAAAGACGAGUCCGAACUGCCUCAAAAUGUGUCUUACAGUUUAGGGGGUACUAUCUACGGGACAACGCCUGGAGGUACACGCAUUAUUUACUCGAGGGACUCUUUGAUGAGAUACAAAGACUCACCACAUGCAAAAACUCCUCCCCAGUUUUUGAACGACAUACCUGAAGAAAUUCUGCGUGAUCGUAGUCUUAGACCAGUAGCGAAUGGCCAAUCGAAUGGAGAUGUUAAAGAAGCUGACGAACGCGAGAAAAAAGACGGAGAAGAUAUGUUUGACAUGGAACAGGCGUGAAGAAAGAAGAGAAAGAAGAUGAAAUCCUCAACCCUCUCAUCUCGAAAGUAAACUACAAAAAGCUCUGUAGUGACAAUUGUGACUAGAAAAAAUACAAAAUAACUCUAAGGAGGGGCUUACCGUGAAUGUUUCCCGGAAGCUGAAAACAACCAGAAAUAGUUAGUUUAUUUAGCUAGAAAAUGUGAUUCGUAACUAAGACUCGCUCUUGAAUAUUUCUCAUACUAUCUUGUCUCUCAAAAAACUGAUGUUAUGUUGUUAUUAUAUGACUGAGUUGGAAAAAAAGACCGCAAAAGAAUGAUUUCAGUUUGUUUGGCAACAAUAAAUGCUCUAAGUAUUCUGUUUUGGCCUCCUGUCAGUCCUUUCUCAAUCAAGUUGUACUGAAAGAGAUUGGCUGACACCUGUGUUAAUAUAAUUGGAAUAUGUAUCCUUCCAACUCUGUUGUGGAUGAUACCUUUGAAUAUGAUUAUGAUGUUGACGAUGCUUAACUGAAGAUAUUGGGCUGGAUUUGUAUACAAUAUUGAUUUUCAACGCAGAUUAAAUUUUACAUGCCAA